AUGAAGAGCUCCGACGAUGAAUCCUUUGAAGUCGAUGAAGCGGUCGUACUCCAAUCUCAGCUCUUAUCGCAUGUUGUUGAAGACUGCACCGGUCCUGAACACAAGAUUGAGAAAGUCACAGGCAAGAUCCUCGAGAAGGUGGUCGAAUACUGCGAGAACCACGUCGCCGUCGUCGACGACGGUGGUGCCAAUUCUUCUUCCGCCUCCUCCGGUGAUGCUCUCAAGAAGUGGGACAAUAAGUUCAUCACGCAAAUGGAUCUGUCCACGGUCUACGGUCUCCUCAUGGCUGCGAACUACCUAGACAUCAAAGGUCUUUUUGAUCUCACGUGCCAGGGAGUCGCUGACGUGAUCGCGGCAUGCAAAGACCAUAAGGAGUUUCGUGCAACGUUCGGCCUCGUGAAUGACUUCACAGAAGAAGAGGAAGCAGAGGUUCUCGAGGAGAACGAGUGGGCUUUUGAUUGAUGAAUGAAUAAGCGGGUUAAUCUAAACCCUAACUACUCUUUUCUUUUCGAAUCUUUGAGUUUACGGAUCUUUAGAUCGAUAAUAGUUGAACUUGGCUUUUCUUGUUUCGAUUUUGUGAAUAUGAGCAGUGUUCUUGAUCGAUAUUAGAUGAACAGAAGUCUUAUAAAGCAAGUUGUUAUCUCUGGUGUGACACGAUGAGAAAGGUUUUCGAAGUUGAACCUGGC